ACAUCAUGACCGCCACCAUCACCAUCAUCGCCAUCAUCAUCAUCAUCGGUGCUGGUCACGUGGCGCUUCGGGAGCGGGCGGUGGGUGUGUCUAAUCGCGUGUGGUUUCAUUCAUAACUACAGUCGUUAUUUGAAGCCCAGAAUAAAGUAUGCAGACGCGGCAGACUGGCUGUGGACCGCUUCUCUCCGAGUCUACAACGAGGGCUGAGAGCAGGCGGUGCACUGACAUGGGACAGCCCUGCUGAUCGGGGGUGGGGGGGUUUCGGCGGAGAAGGGAAGAUGCUUCUGCUGCUGAUGGUGCUGAUGCUGAGCGCCGGCUGCAGCGCGUCCCUGUAGUCCAGCAGCCGCACGCAGACGGCGGAGGGAAGCUCCUGUGACACCUCCCGUUAUAGACCGGCUCACUCACUCUGACCUGGACCAUGAGCAAUGAUCUGCCUGUUCGGACAAGUCUGACAGAGAACUCCACUCAACAGGAUGUGCCUGUGUCGACCGGCCAAGCGGAGAACUACGUGCUGCUGCUGGUGCUGCUGAGCGUCUUCGCCGGCGGGACGCUGGUCCUGCUGUCCCUGCUGCUGCUCUUCUGUCACCGCUGCUGCUUGGGUGGACGGCGCUACUCCAGAGCGAGCGAUGACCCUGAGAAGACAAACACGACUUAUGCUGAGGAUUCUCAGCCCACGCAAGAGAUCACAAUUCGCCUUGAUGAAUCAGACGCUCUCUCGGCGUCGAGCUGUCACGAUGGAGAGUCGGACCGAUUCGUUUCCACCGGCUCCACGGGCCGCAGAGUGUCCUUCAACGAAUCCGCGCUGUAUGAUCAGGAGAAAAACACUCAGGAAAAAGGACGCAGGUACACGCUCACCGAAGGAGACUUCCAUCACCUGAAAAAGGCCCGGCUGACCCACCUGCACCUGCCUCCCGCUCCGUGUGACCUGAAGAUACUCACCAUCAUGGAGUGCGACUCCACGGAGAGCAGCACCAUCAACAUCAGUGAGACUUCGGCUCCCAAUCUGCCCCUCAGCAUCUACCAGCCUGCUGAGAGAGGAGUCCCUGACUGGCUGGGACAGAGCCUGAGUGGGGGGCUGCCUGGAGAUCCACACCACUCCACCGUCCUGGACCAGAGAGACCUGCAGUCCUCAUCUGUCCUCAAGUCCCAGCGCUCUCAGACGAUGGAGGCCAUCGGAGACAGGGGCGAGGCCGAGAGCGAGUGGGGGCCGAGGGGAGAGCCCGCUCAGGCCCCGGGUCCGACGUCUGUCCUGCACUUCCUCUCCAAACUGCGGCGACACGCCAGCCUGGAGGGGGCCGGGCCUUACUUUAGGAGGUGGAAGUUCGACACCAGCCAUCGGGCCGCCAGUCUGGACGCCAAAGGCUCCCCAAAGAGAAAACCUUUUCAGAGACAGAGAGCAGCAAGUGAAACCACCGACCACACCGAUGAAGACUCCUCUCCGUUCCGAGAUGACGCCUUUGAAUCUUUCCCACAUAUUCCCAUCCAGACCAGCGGCCUCCAGUUCCUCUCCGCGGAGACUCUGCCUCAUCCGGAAACAGCUCCUACAUCCUGCAUCUUCCUCAGGAGGCUAAAGCUGGAGGCCAUGGUGGAGGUAGGUGGCAGCGCCACCAGCAGCAGCAGGAGAGCCGAACUCUGUUUCCCAUCUGAUCCCGCUCUGGGGCAGGUUGAGCCCGCCGUCAACGGAACCGGAGCAGAACAAGAAACGGUGUUUGGAGCAGCGAUAAGAACCAAAGCAACAAGAAAUGAGUCGGAGUCUGCGGAAGAUGACAACCUGUUUGGUGCGGAGCAAGGACCCACCAGGCGGGACCGGUUUGAAGAGCUGUUGAGACAAACCGAGGAUUCAAAAACAGACGUCGGCACGGCUGGUGUGAGAAAAAAGAACGAUGCGGGGACAGAUGAGGGAGACGAUGCAGCGUUGGGAGCCGUGGCCAGAAGGAGGACAGAUUCAGGCUCGUCUCUGUCUUUCAUGAUCCGCCAAGAGAGCUCAGAGGCACCCCCAUCUCUCUACAGAGACAUCUGGAGCCUGAGAGCCUCUCUGGAGCAAUAUGCGUCUUCAGAUCAGAGCAGCACCGAUCGUGAGUCGGUCCGCAGUGACGCAGAUAGCGUCUCGUCCUUUGGUGGAGCUCGCUCAGGCCUGGACACCUGCCUGUCGCAAGACCUGGACGACGAGCCUGAAGGUGAUGGGGAGGUGGAGGGCGGAACCAGAGGGGCGUCAGGGGGAGUCGGGGAGAUGGGGAAUGGAGCUGGAGGAGAGGCAGAGGGAGGAAACAGGAAGUUGCUUCAAAUGGACAGUGGUUAUGCCUCUAUUGAAGCACCAUCCAGAGCCCCUGAAGAUAUGAGGCUGUUCGGGACUCCUGGGGCCCCUCGGGGGAAAACUGCAUCUGAGAGGAGACUGUUUUUUACCAGCUCUGGGAGGAAAGGCUCAGUGUGUGAGAGCGUGGAGACCAAGUUGUUUCAGGAGGAGCUGGAGGACCAGAUGGCCCUCACCGCAGACACAGAGGACAGACUAAAGCAGAAAUCUCAGGGUGACGGUCUUUCUCACACCCUUCAAGAGCCAUAUCAGCUACUGAAGUCCCUCCAUCCUCAGAAGCCUCCAGAAACACAAACUCAACUCAUUUCUCCGUUGGUGAGCCCGACCCCACAGCCCCCGAGUCCUCAUCGAUCCCGUCUCCGUCGCCGUGACUACAGCAUAGACGAGAAGACAGACGCGCUCUUCAACGAGUUCCUUCGUCACGAUCCGCGCUUCGACCAGCAGGACUCUCCGCUGCGCUCCAGGCACAGGUCCAGGGUUCACCUCCGGAAGCAGUGGCAGAGACACAAGCAAUACAGCGACCCGGGUUCGGCCUCGGGGGGAAGGUACUCGCCGUCUCUAGAGAGACAGAGGUUCACCCCGCUGAGGAGGGGGGACAGCGCAGGCUACCCGCUGGACACCAGGUACCACAGCACCCUGUCGAGAAUAGCGAGCGCUGCCGAUGAAGAAGCCAGCGAGGUCGCGGCUUCUGAGGAGGCGGCAACGGAGAGAGCAGAAGAUCCGGUCGGAGAAGCAGCUGCAGCAGGGAGCACGGCCGGCCAAACGUCCGACGGAGCAGACCCAACGAGAAGCGUCUCCGCAGAGUUGGCUGGUGAGACUGAUGGCUGCCAAGUGUCCACAAGCAAGGAGGCGGGAAGCGCGAGCAGCACUCUGUCGGCCCAAUUUAGCCUCAUGGACCCCAGAGUGGACAACAGGAACAACAACAGCAGCCAGGCCAUCCUGUCAGAGGUUUCCCUGCAGGCCCAGAGCAGCCUAGCAGACAAGCUGGUGGCGUCGGUGGACGAGAGACUCUACGGCGGACUGCGCCGCGCGGAGAAGGCCCGACAAGCAGGGUCAGAGGUCAUCGUGACUCACACUGCCUCACCGGGGUCCAAUCCCACAUAAUCCCCUGCCGUUGUAUUUAUCACAAAACCACAAUAAAUCAAGCAUCAUAAUGCGUCAGACACGGCCCAACAUUAUCACGUGUCAGGCAUCUCUAGCAGCAUUAGCUUCCAGCAUUAGCAUUAGCUUCCAGCUCGUCCAGUCACACCCGAACUGCCGCUGUGACGUCCCUCCGUCAGUAACCAGAAAACUCAUCGCCGACAUUCAAAGAUGUAGAUGCAUCUUUAGAAAACGUUAUUUUCUGACCUACCUGUGACUUUUCAGCAUGCUAAGUCCAAGCUACGUGUCUGUGAAUAGUGUACAGUUUUAACCUCUACGAGCACUUUGAUGGGAUGAAAGCUACCGCUGGUGUUUGUCAGCCAUUUCUCUCAUGUCCCUUUCCUCUUCAAGUGUCCUUGUUUGUCUCUGUCGUCAUGAGGGUGAAAGGUCGUGUGAGAGAGCGGUCGAUUCCACGAAUAAUGAUACGGUGAACCGCGUAUGUCCUCAGCCACUUGGCUUUUACACUCACAACCACAAAAUUGUGGUUAGGUGGAAUUUUACGACAGACACACAUGAAGUAGUGCAAAAUUUGAUUUGAGCCUUUUGAAAUGAAUAAAAACGCUACAGAACCAGAGAACAAAUGAGAACAUUAAUUUUCAAUUCCUGCCACAGAAUCUCAGAGGGACUUAGGUAUGGACUUGACUCUACGAUUAAGGUCCUCUGACAGGGUUUAGCUAAAGUGAGUGGUGUGCAACACAUGCAGUCUAUAACAAAAUGAAACAACCAGGCUCCUCCAGAGUUAGCACACUCCUCUUUACUGCUUUUACUAAUAAUGUUCCCCUAAUAGCCUUGUAACAAUCCACAGAUACCAUCAAAUAACAGCAGGAUUCAUACCGAGAAUAAAUUAGCCACAGUUGGACUAUGGUAUUCAGUAGAAAACCUCUGGAGAUGAUUAUUUGCACUGGGUUUUUAAUUCUGGCUAUUUUUAUAAUUGCACACCAGUUUUUAGAUCAUUUGUUCAUCUAAUUUAAUUAUGCAGUACUUUGUGUCUGUCUAUCGCAUAGAAUUUCAAUAAAAUAUAAUUUUGUGGUUGUAAAGUUAAAAAACAAAAGUUGUGUGAAUACAUUUGCCAGUCACUGUAUGAAGAACGAUACCAAACAUGUUUACAGCUGCCCUCUCUUUCAUUAACACUUUAUCAGCCGACCUGAAGAUAUCACUAUAAACCCAGAUGGAAAGCAGAAGAUGCAGUCAAAUAAAAAAAUAAAUAAAUACAUGAGCAGUUUUGCAUUUGCUCCUUAUAUUUAAGUUGUGUUUAUUUGUGUUAGUCAUCAGUUCUUGUCAUGUGGCACGACCGAGGAGACGGCGUUCAGGCGUGGGCUUUAGUGUAUCUGAGACUCUUCGGAGGGAAGACUGACAGAUGAUGCGCUUGAAGUGAGUGACACAGAAGCCUCUGAGGCUUUUAAACAGAUUGCUCACGGAGGAGUUCAGGCUGUCACAUGCUGAAAGUAAUCAGAGGUGGCGUUGCCCUGUGCCCAGGAGGAAACAAAAUGAUUAACACACUGUGCAAGUCCAAAUAAAAAUGUGGGAAUAAUCCGUUUUUCUCCCGAAAACAA